AUGCUCAACCGUCAGAUUAGCAGGGACAAAAGAGGGAAGAUUGUAGUGCGCCUAGGCGGUCUAAAUGACAUCAGGCUCGGCGCUCCUGCACACCCACCUACCUUUACGCCACCUAUUGUCACCCCAUAUGAAAAGCUCGAAUCGAGUGUUGCGGAUUACACAUUCGAACAGUACAAAGCCGCCAACCUCAACAUCGACCAGCAACACGAUAUCAUCGGCAAGCUCCGCAAUGAGCUUCCUAUCAUCGACCGCGACGAAGUCGACGAUACGCUUCUGCGUUCGAUGGCACAGCAGUUCGAGCUCGCAAUUUUCCCAAUAUGUAAGAUGAUGCAUGUCGACCCCCUAGCCGUGAAGCGCAUGUUCGAUAACCAGUUCCGCAUGGCGUAUGGACCAGAGGUAGAGGCGGAGGUAUUAGCAAAGCUAGGCUUGUGUCGCUUAGAAGACAUCGAGAAAGCUGUCACUGCAGUGAAAACAGGGAUGGUCACCAAAGAAGACAUCGAGCACAGUGCGACCAAUGUGGAAGAAAGCUCAAUAAGGCAGGAGAGAGACAUGGUUGCCACUCCUCCACCGAAGAAGAAAGCGAGGAUGGCACCGCCCAACAACACACAGAAGGAUCUCAAGGCUCACAUUGCAAGGAGAAGGCGUGCGCAUCGUGGGUGCAAGAUCUUGACGCUGCGCUCGCCUUAUUGGAGACUCCACCAAUGUUUCGGGGAGUGGCUCUGCAUCGACAUUGUUGUGGGUCGCAACGGGCCGUCACGAGUCGUGUGCGCUAAAAUUUCCCCGCCGUUUACAACCUCGUACCCGCCAUGUCAGAAACUGGUAUUCUCUUGCAUCAAUCACAGAUUGGAAGGAUCAAAGACUGAACCCACUACUUCCCCUCUCCAAUCUACUCACACCAUGUCGGGUCUCAACGAGUCACAAAUCUUUCUCGCCAAGUACCACUUAUACAAGAAAGCCACUUCUACAAUCGCAGGAUGGAUUGCCGAAACCGCCGCUUCCAUCGGCUUCGAUGUCAAAACGAAAGACCAAAAACAGCAGAAGCCGAAAUCGAAAUCGAAAAAGGGUGCGAAGGGGAGAGGCAAACAGAAAGCGACAGGUGGAAGCAGUAGCACAGUGUAUCAACUUGGAGUGUCAGAUUUCGUACCAAUGGCAGAAGCGAUCGCAAAAGCUGGAGAACAAGCAGAAUCCGAGAUCAUGGUUCCCGUUGCUUUAUGCCGGCACUUCAGUCGCGCCAUUCAGACACGUCGAAAAGUAUCUCAGUGGUACAAGGCGAGAGUUCUUGAGGACACCUUCGCAUCUCUCAAACCGUUUCUCGGAACGGGCGGACCAGAACCUGCACGAAACAACGUUUCCGAUACUACUACGUCGGGCUUGUCGUCUCGUAAUCGCUUUGCGGGAUUGACCGUCGACGAGCUUGCAGCGGUAGCCGAUGAGGAAGACAUCGCUGAAGACACACUUUCCGAAUUUUCCGGAGUCAAGCUUGAGGAAGUCGAGGAGGACAAAGAAGACGACUUCUGGGUUGCUGUUGCGCUCAUGCUACAGGAGCAGCAAGACAUGAGAGAGAUGGUACGUGAGAACUGGGAGAAAUACAAGAGCGGUGAAGUCGACCUGGUUGUGGCGGCCAUGACCACGGAUACUGCUAUCAAACUUGCUCAGGGUGCUGAAGCGAAGUUUGACCUGUUAGUAACGCGACCAAAGAAAUAUUCACAGACUGAAUAUCCGGUUUGGACACUCUCCGCUGUUCUCUUCUACAACAACCACGAAGAUAUGCACCAAUGGCCCCUCGAGGAGAUUGCGAAGCCUUCUGCCAAGCUUGGAGUUACAGCCGAUGCCCAGAGUGAAGCGCACUUUGACUUUUGGCCAGUAUUCGCUGGCUUGAAAUUUUAUCUCCACAAACACAUUACUAAGACGAACUCGAUUCCACAAGUAGUUCCCAAGGACUUCGGUAAUGCCAACAUCUACAGUCGAACGUUGAGAGCGAUCGAACUCGCGCAAGUCAUGCGGAUCAUUGCAAAAGCAGUUAAACGCCCGGCACUCCUAGACAUGGUCUCUAGAGGUCUUUUGGACAUGCUUAGCGAGCACACUGUCCCAAUGUGGCUUACAUAUGGUGUUCAGCUCCAUUUUGAUUCGCAAGACAUCUUGGGCGAAAGAACUCACCGACCACAUGUUGAACUUCAGGUCUACCUGAACCACUUGAUCGGAUCGCAGCGGGAAACUAUAGAGGAAUGGGAGGAUCCAAUGAUGCCAAAAGAAGUCCAGUAUGAAUGUUACAAUCCUCUCAAAGAGGCAUACAAUGAGAUGAGUGUAUGGGCGAACUAUGAUGGGUCUAACAAACAAUGGGAAAGGCUCAAGAAAGAUCCAAAAGUGGGUGGGCAUCCAAUCUUCAGGAAAUUGAAGAGCGAGCCUUUCUACCUGUAUAGACACAAUCCUCUGCUUUGCGGUAUGAUGAAGUACCACUUUCUGGUCCACUGGCACGCGGCUGGCAUAUCACAUGAAGCAACCUCAUGUUCUAUCCUUUUCAUUGCCCAUGUUUACAUGGGCACACAGCUGAGAAACCCUUCCGAUCCAGUAUGGCCCGACAUGGAGUUCAUGCUCUUCAGCCAAGAUCCCCGAUACCUGUUACUCGAAAGGCCGCCCGAGUCUCCUGAGGAAGCGCGGACACUCUUCGAUAUAGCUACUGGUCAGCCCACUCUCAAGCAAGUGGGUUCAUAUGCUCUCGACCGUUUGAACUUCAGCGAUGAGUUUCUAGGCAAGCCUAGAUAUGAUCCAAAUAGCAAGACACGGUCGUUCAGAGAUGCAAGCGUGUUUGGGGAUUCUGUCUACUUGCCACGCGGUGCAGUUGCCUCCUGGAUCAAUAAAAAACCUGGCGGAGCUUUCAACGGUAAAAUCGAUACCAUUGCAAAGGCACUUCUUGCGGCAUCAUCUCCCGAUGCAACUCGUGGCCGUCUCGCUCGCGCAAUGCAAGCUUCCCAGGAGAAGCAGGGAAUGAAACUAGAACCGUUGAACGGAAAAGAAGGGCUGACUCCUAUUGCCAUCUUGCAACAUUUUGCUUUCUGGCUGCAGGCCGACAUGCCAGACCUUUGGUUCAACGGAGCGUUGAUGCAGCGGCAAUGCUCGCAUACAUGGAAAGCCAUCUACAAAGCGCUCGAGCGUGACCCAGCUUGGGACAGCUUCUUUUCAAAAUUCGAACAGUCGGCGCAACAGGCAGCAAACGCCAUCAUCUCCACGUCCGUGAUCGAAGGAAAUUACCCUCGCUUCAUGGACAUAGCGCGCAAUGCAAUGCUUGAAUAUCUAAAGCAGCAAGACAGCGGGCUGGGAUGCCCGCGAAGCGAGGUAAGCUUGAUAGAUAUGGUGAAGUACCACAAGAGAGCCGUAAGAUUGCUUACAGAUGAUGGACCCCUAAGUAUCGACAAUUUGUACAAAGGUUGGACGGCAGAGCAGAAACAACAGAAGAAGGAUGCAUUCGCGGACGCUGUCACACAGACUGAGGACAUGACUGGAAAUGCCGAUUUAGAGGCGAUGUUCAAGGCUCAGGCGCUCAAAUCGAUCAUGGGUCGCGCUCUGGGAGUAAUACAUUAUUACCAUUUCAACACGAUGGCGCCGAUUGCAAGCCCUCUGCACAUCACCAAUUUGACGGACGGGGAAACAAUUCAUCAGCGCUGUCUCUUGGUCACAGGUACCUUUACGCUUCCCGUCGCUGAAGGCAGUUACAUCCAUGUCGCCACUAAAGGUGCCAACAACGCCCAAUCGUUUCCCGAGCAGACGUGGCCGAUAGCAGGUGGUAACUUCAAGGCUCUUGUCAUGCUCUCUCCAGGGCAGAAUAUCCUCGAAUUUGCAUACGUCUGCAAUGACUGCCUCGAACACACCAUCGAGAUGAAUGUCAACUACAUUCCGCUCUUGCAAUGUCCACCUCUUCAUCUCGCCAUAAUGGUUGCCGCAGACUCACCAUGCAUCAUCGACUGCCCACAUUCAAAGGCCGCUGGGAUUUCUUCGGCGCACUCAGACCUCGACGCAGCGAUCGCCAAGGUCCGCAUGGCGGCUUAUAUGUGGCAAGCUAUGACUGCGGAAGACCUGAGGCUGCAAGGAGCUGGACGCCGAUCGUUCAGGUUGGAUGAAGAAUGGACGGCUGACACGAUCAGCCGUGAUUUUCUCAAUGCGCAAGUUGACGGGGCUCUCGAUGGCGAGGGUGCCAUGCGAUCGACCGCCAAAGUCAACAUCAUUCGCUCUUCUAGAACUGUCAAAGAAAUCCGAGAUAAGGAGGUUGCACAGCAGAAUCCUUCUGCCCGUCGCAACAAUGGCUUGUUCGACUACUUUCUGGAAGCGCUCAAGGAAAGGGGAGGACCAUUUGCUUCUGAGGCACAUCCCAUCGUUGCUGGAUUGAUUCUCGACUCACACUACAAUGUCUCGCAGAAGCUGAUCCUCGGACACGCAGCUUUGGGUUGCCACAACCCCGACGGAAUCUCGCUGGGCAUGUUCGGUAGCCAUCUGGCCUACUCCUGGCCGCGCUUCCUAGAGGAAGUCACAGGUUGUCUUACAGACAUCCGUAAACCUGGAGACAAGGUAGGUGAUGACAACGGAGAGUGCAAUACCAUGUGGGAAGCAUGCGCCAUUGGCCAAGGCGCUUUCCUCCAUGAAGUCGGCCAUGCACUUGGAUCGCCUCAUCGUUCAGGCAUCAUGGAGCGCGGAUAUGCGCAAGACUGGCCCAAGAACUUUCUCCCCAAGACCGCGUAUUCUGGUCGCCUCAAGGCAGAAGGCGUACUUGUCGACCCUCAUAGCACACCUAACAAAGCCCGUUGGAAUCUAGCUGAUGCGCUCUCCUUCCGCAUGCUGCCUCAUUUCCGCCUUCCCACCGAUCCCAUAAUCAGCGACGAAGAACGCCAUGCAUCUCCCGAGGCCUACGCUGAGCAAAUCGAUGAUGAAAGGCCAUCAAAACUCGUCAUUGGCUCAAGCAGCGGUAUCGUACGCAUCACCUUCAACCACACAGAGACAACCCAACCCCUUGGCUGGAUUCACAACGCACCGAAGCGCAUGGAGUACAUGGAAUCUGAUCUUGAAGAGCGCUUUGACCGAUCUAAACCCCUACAACUCAACAUCCUCGCCUACAACGGCAAGGAAACCAGCAUCGGCAACGUAUGGAAGGUUCUCGCCAACAAAACGUUCAUCCGCAUCCCAGGCUCCAAUAUUCGACUCGUAAAGCGCCUAGCCUUCCCUGAUGAGUCCAACAACGCUCGUCGAUAUGAAUGGGCACAGCUCCUCCACGAGAAGGGCAAAGAUGGAAAAGUGCACCGCGCCGUGUCCAUCGAUCUCAGAGUAGGAUGUCUAUGGGACGGAGGUGUGGUGAAGUAUGCAGAUGGCCACACAAGCCAUUGGGGACCUAUGCGUACAUAUGGCAGCAAACACCAUUUCGGUGGUCAUGCUUCUGAGAAGCUACGCCUCCCCGAAGGAGUGGAGAUUACUUCUAUCGAAGUCAACCCUAGGGAUGGUGUAAGGAUGCAUCUCAGCAAUGGCACAAGCGCGGGCGAGCUCAACACGAGGCAUCACUCGGAGAUUGUGAAGUUGACGCCUAGCCCUAAUGAGGUUAUUGUGGGAUUCUUCGGCAAGAGUGAGAGGGGUGGAGGCUUUUGUGGCGUUGAGGAGUUUGGAAUUAUUACUGUGCAGAGAGAUGUGGGGAUUGCUGGACUGCCAGAAACUGUGUGGGAUAUGGAUGAGUUGAAGAAUACGAGUGGGAUGGAAGGGGAUGAGGACGAUAAUCAUUACGACCAUAAUGAAGAUGACGAAGACGAAGAGAUGGACUACGAAGAUGACGAAUAG